CUUAGGCCCUGCCGGGAAUUCCGGCCUCCAGCGGAGGCCGAGUCGGGAGGGGAAAGGCGCCGUGAAAUCUCGCUGAGCCUCGCGAGAGUCGAAGUUGAAGGAACAUGGCGACGUCUAAUCUGUUAAAGAAUAAAGGUUCUCUUCAGUUUGAAGACAAAUGGGAUUUCAUGCGUCCUAUUGUUUUGAAGCUUUUACGACAGGAAUCUGUUACAAAACAACAGUGGUUUGAUCUGUUUUCGGAUGUGCAUGCAGUCUGUCUCUGGGAUGAUAAAGGCCCAGGAAAAAUUCAUCAGGCUUUAAAAGAAGAUAUCCUUGAGUUUAUUAAGCAAGCACAGGCACGCGUCCUGAGCCAUCAAGAUGACACAGCUUUGCUAAAGGCUUAUAUUGUUGAGUGGCGGAAAUUCUUUACACAAUGUGAUAUUUUACCAAAACCUUUUUGUCAACUAGAGAUUACUUUGCUGGGCAAACAGAACAGCAACAAAAAAUCAAAUAUGGAAGAUAGCAUUGUUCGAAAGCUUAUGCUUGACACAUGGAAUGAAUCCAUUUUUUCAAAUAUAAAAAAUAGACUUCAAGACAGUGCCAUGAAGCUGGUUCAUGCAGAAAGAUUAGGGGAAGCUUUUGAUUCUCAGCUGGUCAUUGGAGUAAGAGAAUCCUAUGUUAACCUUUGUUCUAAUCCUGAGGAUAAGCUUCAGAUUUAUAGGGACAAUUUUGAGAAGGCAUACUUGGACUCAACAGAGAGAUUUUAUAGAACACAAGCACCCUCAUAUUUACAACAAAAUGGUGUGCAGAAUUACAUGAAAUAUGCAGAUGCUAAAUUAAAAGAAGAAGAAAAACGAGCAUUACGCUAUUUAGAAACAAGACGAGAAUGUAACUCUGUUGAAGCACUCAUGGAAUGCUGUGUAAAUGCCCUGGUGACAUCAUUUAAAGAGACUAUCUUAGCAGAAUGCCAAGGCAUGAUCAAACGAAAUGAAACUGAAAAGUUACAUUUGAUGUUUUCAUUGAUGGACAAAGUUCUGAAUGGGAUAGAGCCAAUGUUGAAAGACUUGGAGGAACAUAUCAUUAGUGCUGGCCUGGCAGAUAUGGUAGCAGCUGCUGAAACUAUUACUACUGACUCUGAGAAAUAUGUUGAGCAGUUACUUACAUUAUUUAAUAGAUUUAGUAAACUUGUCAAAGAAGCUUUUCAAGAUGAUCCACGAUUUCUCACUGCCAGAGAUAAGGCAUAUAAAGCAGUUGUUAAUGAUGCUACCAUAUUUAAACUUGAACUUCCAUUGAAGCAGAAAGGAGUGGGAUUGAAAACUCAACCUGAAUCCAAAUGCCCUGAGUUACUUGCCAAUUACUGUGACAUGUUGCUGAGAAAAACACCAUUAAGCAAAAAACUAACCUCGGAAGAAAUUGAAGCAAAGCUUAAAGAAGUGCUUUUGGUACUUAAAUACGUACAAAACAAAGAUGUUUUUAUGAGGUAUCACAAAGCUCAUUUGACACGACGUCUUAUAUUAGACAUCUCUGCUGAUAGUGAAAUUGAAGAAAAUAUGGUAGAGUGGCUAAGAGAAGUUGGUAUGCCAGCAGAUUAUGUAAACAAGCUUGCUAGAAUGUUUCAGGAUAUAAAAGUAUCUGAAGAUCUGAACCAAGCUUUUAAGGAAAUGCACAAAAAUAAUAAAUUGGCCUUACCAGCUGACUCAGUUAAUAUCAAAAUCCUGAAUGCUGGUGCCUGGUCUAGAAGUUCUGAGAAAGUCUUUGUCUCACUUCCUACUGAACUGGAAGAUUUGAUUCCUGAAGUAGAAGAAUUUUACAAAAAAAAUCAUAGUGGUAGGAAAUUACACUGGCAUCAUCUCAUGUCAAAUGGAAUUAUAACAUUUAAGAAUGAAGUAGGUCAGUAUGACUUGGAGGUGACCACAUUUCAGCUGGCUGUGUUGUUUGCAUGGAACCAAAGACCCAGAGAGAAAAUCAGCUUUGAAAAUCUAAAACUUGCAACUGAACUCCCAGAUGCUGAACUUAGAAGGACUUUAUGGUCUUUAGUAGCUUUUCCGAAGCUCAAACGGCAAGUUUUAUUGUAUGAACCUCAAGUCAACUCACCCAAAGAUUUUACAGAAGGUACCCUCUUCUCAGUGAACCAGGAGUUCAGUUUAAUAAAAAAUGCAAAAGUUCAGAAAAGGGGUAAAAUCAACUUAAUUGGACGCUUACAGCUAACUACAGAAAGAAUGAGAGAAGAGGAGAAUGAAGGAAUAGUUCAGCUAAGAAUAUUAAGGACCCAGGAAGCCAUCAUACAAAUAAUGAAAAUGAGAAAGAAAAUUAGUAAUGCUCAGCUGCAGACUGAAUUAGUAGAAAUUUUGAAAAACAUGUUCUUGCCACAAAAGAAAAUGAUAAAAGAACAAAUAGAAUGGCUAAUAGAGCACAAGUACAUCAGAAGAGAUGAAUCAGACAUCAACACUUUCAUAUACAUGGCAUAGUUCUGAAUAUCAUGGACAAUGUUAAGAACCCAGAUUUUGGAGAGCUUGGGCAGAAGCUGUCUCAGUUUGAGCUGGAGAAAGGUUUUAUUUGGACUUGAAUAACAUAACUAUUAAAAUCUCUGCCUUAUCUUACAGAACAACUAUAUUUUGCCAAUCCCAUUAGGUAGCAUGGUGGCAUUUCUUCAUGUGGCACACUCUGACAGCAUGCUGUUUUGUGGAGAAACUUGCACUCAUGAAGAGCCAUUAUGAACUGCUAAAAGUGAAUUUGUAUUUAUCCACCAGGAGAAGUUCAGUUGAGAAGGGUGAGGACAGGGUUCUAGUUGCUUUUUUCUUUUCUUUUUUCUUCUUAAAAACAUGUACUUGCACAAAGAAGGAUAUUUCAGAUUCAUGCACUGAAAAGUACUGUUGUCUUUUGUUUUAAAAAAUGCAAUUAAAACUCUUGGCUUUUGAUGGCAGAAUGAGCUGGUCGGCACCACCCUGGGAGAGGGCAGAUGGCGGCGAGAAGAUGAGUAACAUUUAGUAGAAUCAGAUUUGUUCAAACACUGCUUUCAACUGAACAACUGCAUUUCAGUGGUGACCUCAGAAAUCUCCAUCUUACAAAUGUUGGUUUUCUUACGCAGGUGAUGGCUUUCUCAGUGACGGCUUCUCAGUUAAUUCAUUGACUGACCAGGAAUCUGUUCUUUUUUCGUCUUAGUAUGGUGGAGGGCUUGUUGCAAAAAAGUGAAGCUUGUAGGUAGAGUGCUGGCCUUGAGCAAAAAGAAGCUCUAGGACUGGCAAAAAAACAAAACAUAACAGAAAAAGUGAAGCUUGUUAACUGUUGCUUCGGUUGUUAAAAAUUUACGGAAAUAAGUAGAUCAUUAUGAUUACAGAGUCAGAAUAGCAAAACCAACAUAAAGUAUGUUUACUAACACUUAAUAUUUAUACUCCUAAUAUUUAUUAUGCCAUAUCUCAAUUUCUGAAAAUGCAGAAAUCUCCUGCAGUUGUAGAACUGAUCCCCUAAGGUACAACUGCUUUGGCAUUUCAGUCUCAUGAUUAGGGAUUUAGAGCCUCAGAUUUCUGGGGGAAAAUGUUGUUCUCUUUAAAAAAAAAAAAAAAAAGUAAUGAUUGCCAGUCAUCUAGGAGGAAGGGGAAAACCACAUUGUAAGACCCUCAAAGCAUAAGCAAAGUUGUUGCAAUCUUAAUAGGAGCAGAAAACUUGCCAAAUAUGUACAUAUAUAUUUAUAUAUUUUAAAAAUAAACAUUUUUUAAAAAAAUGUCCAGAAGGCAACAUUUCCCUUGUUCCUUUCAGUCAAUCCGAAGCCGCAGCCUGUGGGCUGCUGGCCUCAUACUCAGAGCAGCGGAAAUGUCAAGGACUGGAGGACUCGAACCACUGAAAAGUCAACAGCUUAUUCCUCAUUGGGAAAAAGUGGCUCAACAUGGAUUUUAUUCACUGUGGUGCACGUUUCAAGUUUUCUUGCAGUUUGCUUUUUAUUUUUUUGGAUGUUCAGUCAUAUUUUAAAGUAUGGUUUUGGAGCUAGAAAAGAAAUGGAGCACUGACAAGCAUACAGUAUUAUUUUAUAGCAGAGGAUUCUGAGAGCAUUUCAUGGAAUCUGUUCUAACCCCAGCAUUUUGUAAGCUCCCUGUUGGAAGCUUAAAACAGUAAAGUGUUGCUGGGUCUAGUCAAUGAUCUGUUCUGAAAUUCGUAGGAAAUUGGGGUUGUGUUUAUAAUUUAAAAUCCUAAACUUCAGCUCUAAGGUAGGAAUUAUUAGACAAAGCAUAUUGUGAAGGAUUAAUCUAGUACUCAUUGUUUUCUCUAAUUAGACGACUGCUGACAAAUGGAUAAAUUUGCAGUUUAGAAGAAACAAUUCUGUAAUGAUUGUGGCCCUUAUGUAUAACGACUUGUUUGAUAUUUACAUAUGUGUCCCACUAUAGCAAUGCCAGGAAAGGAGGAAACAGUCAUUUUGGUCAUUUAACUUAAGAAUGAGAGCCAGGAUGCUUUGAUUUAUGAAGGAAAGUUUAAUGCAAAAUGGAUUACACUAAAUCCAUAGCAAAUUUUUCUAUUAAAUUUUUAUAAAUUUUUAAUAGCCAAUUAUGUCCUGAUUGUAUUUUGGGAAAUGAACAGCAGCAACUACUGUUGAUGUAUACUUUUCAUUUUUUUGUGGGGGGGGCAGUAUGUAUGCAAAAGUUCAACUACUUUUUGAUGUUUGUCAAAACCAUUGUUGAAUUUCCUUUGUUUUGACAAUAUAGUUGCUAAUUUAAAACAAUAAAAAUAUCAAAUACUGCUGUGGAAUAUGCUAAAGGGUACUGUAUCACAGAAUUCAUUAGGUCCCUUCUAGCACUGAAGUGCUGUGAGAGUAGCGGUGAAAUGAUGUAAUUGAGAGAAAAGAAAAUGUGGCCCUUCCCACGAACACUAACACGUAUUGUCAUUGAAUGACUAGCGUAGCAGGAAUAUACUUCAGGUGACUUUAAGUUUUGAACAGUCAUCUUUUUAUUUAAAGAUGGGGUCUACUAUGCCAGGUGUGGUGGUGUGCAUCUUUAAUCCCAGUGCUCCAGGAGGCUGGGGCAGGAAUUUAAGGCCGGCCUGGGUGACAUAGCAAGACUUCUGUCUCCAAACACAAAAGAGAUGGAGCAAUCUGAAAAUGAUAGCUUUGGUUGAAACCCCGUCCUGGGAGUAAGUAGACACGAAACAAACUUUGAAAACGAUAAUGACAAUCUUGAUGCUAACGUAAAUAUUAGAAGGUUAUCAUUAUACCAGUAAUUUAAUGAGGAUCUUGAAGUAAAUUCUGAAGUCUUCCGAUUUUUACACGUAUUGGAGGGGUUCCUGAGUUUUCCAAACCAUUCAUUUAAGUAUUUUAUACAUAAAUGUUAA